GCAAAGCACGAUCUACGUUUUUUUUCCCAUUCCAACCGACUAUUAUUGAAGCCCGCAAAGAUGAUUGCCACCACUCAACAGAACAUGACCACUGACCUGGAUUUGGGUAGUUCAAGUGGUCCUCCAAGGAAUUGGAAAGGCAUUGGAAUCGCAAUGGUGGUGAUUCUGUCUGUUAUGUCACUGGUCAUUCUAUCAGUCAUCAUCCUUUCCCCCGAUGAGUCACAACUGUUACUCCAAUCUCGCCUUACCAUGGAUGAUCUUGAGAGUGAGAAGUUCAAAGUUCAUGAUCCCAGUGUGGCCUGGUUAAAUGAUAAUGAGGUUGCUGUGCUCACCAGAGAGGGACAUGUCAUGUCAUACAGCCUCUACAGCAACCUUACAUCCACCCUGCUGGAAAACAGCUCCCUGGACCUGACGUCUACUAAGUUCCAGGUGUCUGCAGACAAGAGAUUUGUCAUGCUUUCCUACAACAUCAGACCGGUGUUCUCUCAGUCCUUCACAGCCUCCUAUGCUAUCUACACUGUUUCUACUGGAGAUCUCACUGAGCAAAACCUUGGUGGGAGGGCUGUGCUACAGUAUGCAGCCUGGGGUCCCCAGGGGAACCAGCUGGCCUAUGUGUUUGAGGGAGAUAUCUACUACCAGCCAGACGUGACCAGCAGGGCUCUGCGGCUAACAGCCACAGGCCAGGAGGAGCAGGUGGUCAGUGGGAUCUCUGACUGGACCUACGAGGAGGAGAUUCUUCUGUCAUAUCCUGCCCACUGGUGGUCUGCUGAUGGGGCCCGACUGGCAUACCUCACCAUCAAUAACUCUGCUACUCCCUUAAUGGAUAUACCACACUUCUUAGGCGGCCUCUACCCCUCCAAUGUUCUCUAUCCUUACCCUAAGGCUGGUUCCAGUAUUCCUGCAGUCAGUCUGUUUGUAGUGAAUCUAUAUGGUCCAGCUCACACUCUAGAGAUGAUCCCUCCAGACAACCUCAAUGCCAGAGACAGCUACAUCUCCAUGGUGACUUGGACCAGCAGCACCCGGCUAGCGGUUCGUUGGUUGAAUCGCUCCCAGAACCAAUCAGUGCUCUGUGUGUGCAAGGCUACCACAGGGGCUUGCUUAGAGAAAUACAAGAUGAUCAUGGACUUGAUGCAAAACCAACGACAGGAGGUGCCAUUGUUCUCAGCCGACGGCUCCUUGUUUUUCCUGACACUGCCAGCCAAACAGGGGGCUCGUGGAGAGUUCCAACACAUUGCCAGCUUCCCUGUCCAGCCCACGGGGCCGUCAGGCCCUCCACGGUUUCUGACAUCUGGGAACUGGGAUGUCACUUUGCUGUGUGCCCUGGAUGAGGAGGCAGGGAAGAUAUAUUUUCUAAGCACAGAAGAAUCCAGACAGAGCAGACAUCUGUACAGUGCGGAUCUGGAGGGGGUUUUCCAACGCCAGUGUCUCACCUGCAAUUUAUUAGAUGGAUGCAGCUUUUUUAAAGCCGAGUUCAGCCCCAAUCAGACAUAUUUCACACUGUAUUGCCUUGGCCCUGGGAUCCCUAAAGUUACCGUUCACAUUACAAAGGACCCUUCCAGUUACAUGGUUAUGGAGGAUAAUGCACCUCUCUCUGAAGCACUACAGGGCAAGAGACUCCCAAAGACCCUGUUCAAGACCCUCUCAGCAGAUAACCAUGACCUCCACCUGAAAUUGUCCUUGCCUCAGUGGUUUGAAGCCAACCUCCACCCGCUCCUCAUCAUUGUGAAUGGAGUUCCAGGCAGUCAGUCAGUGACAGAGGAGUUUGCCCUGGGCUGGCCUGAGGUCCUGCUCAGCUCUCAUGACGUGGCCUUGGCUUGGGUGGAUGGCAGGAGUGAUGAUGGACGGGGACAGAAGGCCCCUGCAAAUGACCCACGCAAGCUUGGCUCACUGAGAGUCAAAGAUCAGCUUGGAGUUGUAGAGUGGUUGAUGCAACUCCCCUACAUUGAUGAUCGACGUAUGGCCCUUUAUGGCAAGGCUUUUGGUGGUUAUGUAACCCUCAAGAUGCUAGCUGCAACUGAGAAGUUAUUUCGAUGUGCAGCGGCUGCAGCUCCUAUAACAGACUUCAAACUGUACAGUGCUGCCUUCUCAGAGAGGUAUCUGGGACUCCCUGUAAAGGAUGAGCACACUUACUUAAUGGCCUCUGUGCUGGAGGAGGUCACCAAGCUGAAGGAGGAGAACUUUCUCAUACUGCAUGGAACUGCAGAUGCCAGGGUACACUUCCAGCACAGUGCUGAGCUCCUGAGCCGUCUGGUGAAGGUAGAGGCCAACUACUCCUUGCAGCUGUACCCAGAUGGGGGCCACACCCUGUGGGAGCAACGCAGCAUCCAGCACUUCCAGCGAACCCUGGUGCACUACCUCCAAACAUGUCUUAGGCAUAGCCUCCUGCAGGCACCUGUGGAAGAACCAGAGGAUGAGGAGGACUGAAUAGGAAAUGUAUGUUCCUCUGGAGAGAUGGACCUGGGAGAAUUACUGUCUUAUGCAUUGCCUUGGGCCUGACCUACGAUACACAAGAACACAGGAGUGUGGACCAAUCACAAUGGAUAACUGCAUACGGAUGUCUUAACGACUUCGGGAAUAUACUGUCUCUCUGUACUCUCUAACUUGUUUGAAUAGAUUUACCUUGUCCCUUGACUCUACUGAUCACUAAGUCAGUAUCUGGGAUAGGUAACUUGCUCCUGAUUUGACUUAAAGUUCACAGUAAUGAAACAUGCAUGUCAUUACAAUGGCUGCAUGAUGUGGAGUGGUUUACAAUGCAUUCCUUCUGUUUUGUUUCCUUGCAGAUUUACCCAACAACUGACUGAUAACAUGGUGGUUCAUUGCAUUAAAUUAAACAAAUAAUACCAUGUCCUUUCUGAAAUGCUUCCAAACUGACAGUUUGGUUUCAUGCAUCUUGAAUGAUUCUAUGGUAACAAUUACUGUAUCUUUGGCAAGUCUCCAUGGAUGCAAUUCAAUACAAUUGCCAAACUCAAACAAAAGCACAUUUUCUUCAAAUCUUUUGGAUGGUUUGUUUUGUUUUGGUAAUUUGUUUACUUGAAAUAUUUUGGAUACAGUUUUGUUGUUGUUGUAUUUCCUGUGCUUUGCAAAUGCAAACAUUUUAUAGAAAUGUUUUAUGACAGUGUGUUACAAAGCUAAAAACAUAUUCCAGAAUGCCCUACAGAAUGUAGGUUGUAACUCCUGUAGCUAAGUGUCAAUCAAAACCAUGGAUCUUACUUGGUGAAUGCAUGUAUUCUGUUUGAAACUG